AUGUUGAACAAAACGGAAAGUUCCAGUGACCCUGUUGAACUGUUCAGAGUUUCUUCUAUCAGGAAAUCAUCCCCCGCUCUGUCUCCUGCAGGUGAUUAUUUGCAUGUGGUGCUAUCGCCUGCCCGUGUGCGUUUGGGGAGAGAUAUAGAAUCUGUGGAACUACCUCCCACUGUUUCGAUGCACGUUAUCUCCCACCCUUCGGACAUCACGAAACAACCCGAGCUUCUGCUGAUCCUCUCGAUAGACGAGGGUUUCUACAACCUCGGCCACUUCCGUUUUCAGUUCACCAUCAACGAGAACUAUCCGAUAGAACCUCCUAAAGUGGUAUGUCUCACUAAAAUUUACCAUCCAAAUAUCAACCGGACAGGUGAAAUAUGCCUAAAUAUCUUGCGAGAGGAUUGGUCACCCGCUCUGGACCUGCAAAGUGUAAUUAUUGGCCUCCUAUUCCUGUUCAUAGAACCGAACCCAAAAGAUCCUUUGAAUAAGCAGGCUGCAGAUACGUUGCUACACGAUCCUGCCGUUUUUAAACACAUUGUCCAAAAAUCCAUGGCCGGAGAAUCAAUCAACAUGAUCGCCUACGAUAAUGUCUUAUAG